GCCUGGCGGCGGGCGGCAGGCGGCGGGCCGGGGUCGGGGCCGGGGCCGGAGCCGCCAGCAUGACGGGCCGCGUGUGCCGCGGCUGCGGCGGCACGGACAUCGAGCUGGACGCGGCGCGCGGCGACGCGGUGUGCACGGCCUGCGGCUCGGUGCUGGAGGACAACAUCAUCGUGUCCGAGGUGCAGUUCGUGGAGCACGGCGGCGGCGGCUCGUCGGCCGUGGGCCAGUUCGUGUCGCUGGACGGUGCUGGCAAGACUCCGACUCUGGGCGGUGGCUUCCAUGUGAAUCUGGGGAAGGAGUCGAGAGCACAGACCCUGCAGAACGGGCGGCGCCACAUCCACCACCUGGGAAGCCAGCUGCAGCUGAACCAGCACUGCCUGGACACAGCCUUCAACUUCUUCAAGAUGGCCGUGAGCAAGCACCUGACCCGCGGCCGCAAGAUGGCGCACGUGAUCGCUGCCUGUCUCUACCUGGUCUGCCGCACGGAAGGCACACCACACAUGCUGCUCGACCUCAGCGACCUGCUCCAGGUGAACGUGUAUGUCCUGGGCAAGACUUUCCUUCUGCUGGCACGGGAGCUGUGCAUCAAUGCACCCGCCAUAGACCCAUGUCUCUACAUCCCGCGUUUUGCCCAUCUGCUGGAGUUCGGGGAGAAAAACCAUGAGGUGUCCAUGACGGCCCUGCGGCUCCUGCAGAGGAUGAAGAGGGACUGGAUGCACACAGGCCGGCGCCCCUCGGGCCUCUGCGGAGCAGCACUUCUAGUCGCAGCCAGGAUGCACGACUUCCGAAGGACUGUCAAGGAGGUCAUCAGCGUGGUCAAAGUAUGUGAGUCUACGCUCCGAAAGAGGCUCACAGAAUUUGAAGACACCCCGACCAGUCAGCUGACCAUCGAUGAGUUCAUGAAGAUCGACUUGGAGGAAGAAUGUGACCCGCCCUCAUACACAGCUGGUCAGAGGAAGCUGAGGAUGAAGCAGCUGGAGCAAGUCCUGUCUAAGAGGCUGGAGGAAGUCGAAGGUGAAAUAUCCAGUUACCAGGAUGAAAUCGAGAUUGAACUAGAAAAUAGCCGGCCCAAGGCAAAGGGGGCACUGGCCAGCCUGGCAAAGGACGGCUCUGCCGAGGACACCACGUCCAGCCUGUUUGGUGAGGAAGACACCGAAGAUGAGGAACUGGAGGCCGCGGCUAGCCACCUGAACAAGGGCUUCUACCAGGAGCUCCUCGGCAGUGGCCUGCCUGGCGGCUCUGCCGGUGCAGGAAGCCCUGUGGAGGGCAGCCGGCCCCCCGCCUUGGAGUCCCUGCUCGGCCCCCUGCCCACAGUGGCCAGCCUAGGCAUCUCAGACUCCAUCCGCGAAUGCAUCUCCUCCCAGAGCCGGGACCCCAUGGACACCUCGGGAGACGGAGAGCUGGACCUCAGUGGCAUUGAUGACCUGGAAAUCGACAGAUACAUCCUGAAUGAGUCGGAAGCCCGCGUGAAGGCUGAGCUGUGGAUGCGGGAGAAUGCUGAGUACCUGCGGGAGCAGAGGGAGAAGGAGGCGCGGAUAGCCAAGGAGAAGGAGCUGGGCAUCUACAAGGAGCACAAGCCCAAGAAGUUGUGCAAGCGGCGCGAGCCGAUCCAGGCCAGCACGGCCGGAGAGGCCAUCGAGAAAAUGCUAGAACAGAAGAAGAUCUCGAGCAAGAUCAACUACAGUGUACUGCGCGACCUGGACAGCAGGGGCGCAGGCAGCCCCCCCAGGGAGCACACACGGUCUGCCAGCAGGGGCAGCCCCGGGAAGCCGCCUCGGAGGAGAGGAGCAGCCAGCAGGAGCAGGGCCGACCCUGGGACCAGUGCAGGGAAGAGGCUGCGGCCUCUGCUACCAACACAGCCGGCUAAGAAGGCAGCUGUACGAGAGACCCUGCCCCCACGCUCCCCUGCCCAUGGGACUGAGCCUCUCAGGCCAGCAGCAGUCCUGGUAGAAAGUGGGCCCGUGUCCUACCACCCGGAUGAGGACGCGGACGACGAGGACCCGGAGGAAGAGGACGGGGAGCCCUGUGUCAGCGCUCUGCAGAUGAUGGGCGGCAAUGAUUAUGGCUGUGAUGGUGAGGACGACGAGGGCUACUGAGGGCACCCUGGGCGGCAGAGGAAGCCGAAGGACCCGAGAGCACGCUCCGCUGUGGGCCUGAGUGCCCAGCAUGCCCAGCAGGAAGACUGGCCUAAAAAGCCCCGGGGCUAGCCGCACCUGUCCCUGUUGUAAGGGAACUGGUUUUGCGUCCGCAGCGGGGGAUGCUGGGCCCUCCUGCCCUGGGGUCCGCAGAGAGCUGUCCCCCACCUCCCUCGGGUGGGCGCAGCCUGUGAGUCUGCACCAAAGCCCCUGGUGUGGCCAGCUCCCCAACACCCUGUGGGCCUGGGUGAGCCUGCGUCUGGGCUGGGAUCUUUCUGCCUGCAGGAUGUGGUGGCCAGCCCAGUACCCUCAGGAGAGGGGCUGCUCUUGUGCAGGUCAGCCCUGGGCCUCUGGCAGACUGAGCAGGUUUGCUGCUGGUGCUCUGUUCCCAGCAGAGACAAAGCGCUGGAUUCGGCGUCCUGGGGCUGUGUGUCUCAGUAGCCACUGCCUCCCCCCACGGCUCCCAGUAGGCUGGCUGUAGGGUCAGGUUAGAGAAACAGGAAGAUCUGUUGCUUGAGCACAA